GGUCUUCCCCUUCCGGCCGCGGUUCCCCGGUGUGCCGCGCGGCGUGGAGAUGCCCGGCCGUGAGGUGCGCGCCGACGAUCGCGCCGCGCCGGUGUCCGCGCCCACGGCGAUUGCACACAGCGAGGCCCUGGACAGCAAGAUUAAAUUGCAAAACAUCAUUGUGGAUGAACUCUCUAACCUGAAGAAGAAUCGGAAAGUGUACAGGCAGCAACAGAACAGCAACAUAUUCUUUCUUGAAGAUCGAACAGACAUGCUUUCUGAAAGCAAAAAUAAAUUGGAUGAGCUAAGAAAAGAAUACCAAGCCUUAGAAAACUCGGAGACGACCAAAGUCAAGACUCAGUCGCCCUGACUUCACAGCCAUGUGCGGCAUCUGCUGUUGUGUAGGCUUCUCUGCUGAGCAUUUCAG